AAAAUGUUACCCUUCCCAACUCUCCUUCACUAUACACACAACACAAUACAACACAACACAACACACAGUUGAAACAACACUCACACAAUACCUUUUAUCCCUCUCUUAGCUUGUCCUUAGCUUCUUCUUUCAAGCCAAGCCAUUCAUGGCUUCCUCACCCAAAUUAUUCACUUCUAUUCUCAUUCUCACUCUUCUAUUCAUUCAAAUCCAUGCAAGAGAAAGCAAGUACUUCUUCAGCAAAAUACCCAACAACAAUGUUGACAACAACAACAACAACAACUUUGAUGCCAAAGAAACCCAAAUCCCCAACGACGAGAAUGUUGAUCCUUUAACAAAUCCAGAAAAAACCACCACUUCCCCACAAGAUCAGCAGCCAAAUUUCAUCCCUCAAACCCAAGACAACGGCUACGGUCUAUACGGUCAUGAAUCCGGUCAGCUCCCCCCUAAUUCCGACAGCAAAUUCUUCUCCGACAAUAGCCGCGAAAACGGCCGCUCUUUUACCACUACCACCACCUACGACAACAACGAUAACAAAUUCAGAAACGAUGUCGUUUCUAAUUACAAAUCUGAGUCAGAAGAGUACUACAACUACGAGGACAACAACAACAACAACAAUUUCCAAACUUUUGAAAAUAGCAACUCGAAGCCAUACGAGAAUUCGUUUUACUACAACAAGGAUCUUUACGACAACGGACGACAAAGCUUCCAAAACACCCGCCUUUCCCGAGAUGAUUACACUACAACUCCUCUGUACGACCAGGGAAAAUACGACAACUUCUACAACAGCAACAAUGGCGGCGGCGACAACAACAACAAUGGGAAUAAUAUGGUACGACAAGGAAUGAGCGACACGAGAUUCAUGGAGAAUGGAAAGUACUAUUAUGACCUCGACAGGGAGCCACACCAUUACAGCAGAUCCAGGGGCUAUUUCGGGAACAACAUCAACAACAACAACAACAGGAAUUCAUACGAGUACGGUAAUUCCAUGGGAAGGUAUCAGAAUCAAAAUGAUGAAGCAGAAUUUCAGGAGGAACCCGAUGAGUUCGUGCCAUAAAUGUUCGUUCCACUUCUAAAUUAAGAGAAAAAAAAAUCAUAUAUUUAAUUUAGUUGUGCAUGCAAACUCUAUAUCUCCUUCUCUCCUAGUUUUACGUUUGCUUAAUUCACUUCAUAUUUAAUUGUGCUUCUUUUUCACAAAACCAAAAACCUCAGUCCACCAAAGAUUAAAUUAUAUAUCUUUAGUGUCUGCUUUUUACUUUUAUAUAUAAAUAUAUAUUUGUGGGUUAAAGUGGUAA